AUGUCUCUCAGAUCCAACGGUGAGAGCGAUGAGGUUACCGCUCAACAGACAAUCCAAGGCUGGCUCGAAGAUAUCGGAAGUCAACUCGGUCGCAUUCCCGAGGAUAUAAGCGUGCUGCAAGGCCUCGUAGGGGCUACAUUGACCCGUGGGACGGUCGAUGACCGAAAAUACUUACUAGAAAAGAUUAUCCAGCUCGCCUGCUCGUUGCCGCACGGAUCCCCGGGCGAGAAGAAACUGACAGGAGAAUUACUCGAUAAUCUCUGGAAUAAUCUAAGGCACCCGCCUCUUUCGUAUAUGGGUGAUGACUGGAGGUAUCGUACUGCCGAUGGAUCAAACAAUAACAUUCUAUACCCAGACUUGGGCAAGGCAGGAUCUGCAUAUGCCCGAAGCGUUGUGCCGCAGCAUGCUCCACCAGCCGCCCUUCCAGAUCCAGCCUCCAUCUUUGAUGCUCUAUUUGCUCGGAAAGGACCUGCUCGUGAGCACCCAGCGAAGUUCUCAAGUUUGGCAAUUGCCCUAGCGACGAUUAUCAUACAUGAUAUCUUCCGCACGGAUGAUGUGGACCCUAGCAAGCAUGCUUCCUCGGCCUAUCUGGAUCUCGGCCCUCUUUACGGCCACAAUGCUGAGCAACAGAAGACCAUCCGUACGUUUCAGGAUGGCAAGAUCAAGCCCGAUGCAUUCGCAGAACCUCGACUUUUGGGACAGCCGCCAGGGGUUUGUGCUCUCAUCGUCUCCUUCAAUCGAUUCCACAAUUAUGUGGUCCAGCAACUGGCGUUGAUAAAUGAAGCUGGAAGAUUUAGUAUUCCGGUGACCGUUGACCCUCAGAAUAUAACCACAUAUGAGAAGGCCUUGGCAAAACGUGAUAACGAUCUUUUCCAAACCGGAAGGCUUGUUACUUGUGGACUCUACGUCAAUAUAAUUCUCCACGAUUAUGUGAGAGUUAUUCUCAAUUUGAACAGAUCAACUACUCAGUGGAACCUUGAUCCUCGUGUUGACUCGGUCAAUAUUUUUGACCCCGAAGGCACCCCGAAGGGUGUUGGCAAUCAGGUCAGCAUUGAGUUUAAUCUGAUAUAUCGAUGGCAUGCUACCGUCAGCGAUAAAAAUGCGAAAUGGGUUGAACGUUUCUUCGAUAAAGUGUUCCCAGGCAUUGACCCGGAGACGAUGACGCAGGCGGAGCUCCUGAAUGGCCUAAAAGCCUGGGGCCAUGGCAUUGAUUCCGACCCAGGUAAAUGGACAUUUGGUGGGUUGCAGCGUACAGCUACUGGUGAUUUUGAUGACGGUAGCCUCGUCAAACUAUUGACAGAGGAGACCGAGGAUGUGGCCGGCGCAUUCGGCGCCCGAAACGUUCCUGCCAUUCUGAAGGCUGUCGAUGUGCUUGGUAUUAACCAAGGCCGCGCCUGGGGAGCAGCAAGCCUGAAUGAAGUGCGCAAAUUUUUCAACCUCAAGCCCCAUGAAACGUUCUUGGAGAUCAACCCCGACCCCGAUGUGGCCGCCUCAUUGGAAGCCCUUUAUUCGCAUCCGGACAAUGUUGAGCUGUAUCCUGGGGUUUCAGUAGAGGAUACCAAGCCUCCGCUGGUUCCGGGGUCUGGGCUUUGCAGCGGCUUGACCAUUGCCAAGGCCAUCCUUUCGGAUGCUGUUGCCUUGGUUCGGGGUGACAGAUUCUAUUCGGUAGACAACAGUCCGGCGAAUCUCACCGCAUUUGGAUCGGCCCUGGUUGCCUCCGAUCUCGAUGUAGGUGCUGGGACGGUCAUUUACAAACUUUUCAUGCAUGCCUACCCAGGAUGGUACCGCGGUGAUUCCGUGUAUUCCCUGUUCCCAUUAACUAUCCCCAGUGAAAACCGGAAGAUUGCGAAGGACCUGGGUAGGGAGAGUUACUAUACCUACGAUCCGCCCAGCUUUGCGCCUCAACCAAUACCCGUGAGGACUUGGCAAGGCGUGGUUGAUAUCCUCAAGGAUCAGGUGAACUAUAAGGUCCCUUGGAGACCCCACGUUUACGAACUGAUCCAUCACGAUUGGAUGCUCAGCGGAGACAAACCAUGGAAUGCGGAGCAGAAGAGCUACUGCCAGCAUGCCCUUUACGGACCCUCCAAAGGGCUCGACCAGAUUCGUGACUAUUAUAGAAUUGUGACCGAAAAGCUUAUCCGCGAAAAGAGCAACAAGAUGCGCAAUACCUACCAGCUCGACGCUGUCCGUGAUGUCGGAAAUCUGUCGCACUCUAUCGUUGUCGCACGGAUCUUCAAUAUCCCAAUUAAAGAAAAUGGCGGCGUGGGCACCGUGACGGCCAGGCAACUUUAUGACGCGAUGGCGGCGGUCUUUGCAUAUACCUUCCUCGAUAUCGAUCCGGCAAAAACUCAACAGCUCAAGGUUGCUGCCAAAACAGCCACCACGAUUUUGCAAAAUCUCAUCACGCCGGCAGUUGAGGCUGUGAAAACCGAACGGUUCCACAUGUUGAAAGACAUAAUCGGGAUCAAUGCAGACGAAUCGACGCUGCCCGACUAUGGCACCCACUUGGUCCAACGGUUGUUCGAGGGCGGCAUGAGCCUCGACGAGCUUAUCUGGACGAUUGUUCCAACGGCAUCUGCCGCAAGCCCAAUUCAAAGCCAAGCGUUCGCGCGCCUCCUGGACUUUUAUCUGUCGGAGAACAAAGGCCAUUGGGCAGAGAUUCAAAAGAUUGCCCACCAGGAUACCCCGGAGGCAUUCGAGAAGCUGCGUAAGUACGCUCUAGAAGGCUUGCGCCUAGCCACGCCUGCAUUCGGAGUUCUUCGAGCCGUGAACAUUGAGAACGCCAUGGUCGUCGAUGGGGAGAGGCAAAUUCCAGUGAAAAGGGGCGAUACUAUUUUUGCCGACUUCGUCACCGCCAAUGUAGACGCAAAAGCCUUCCCAGACCCGCUGGAGAUAAAACUUGACCGCCCUGAUAGCGCCUACAUUCACCAAGGAUAUGGUGGACACACGUGCCUCGGUCGACCUAUCGUCAUGAUUUCUAUGGCAGUGCAAUUGGGUGCCUUUGCCAGGCUGAAGAACUUACGUCGCGCUCCAGGGCCCGCUGGACAACUGAAGGCUACAACUGUCAACGGGGCCUUCCAGGUAUACAUGAAUGAGGACUGGUCGAAUUGGACGCCCUUCCCUGCCAAUAUGAAUGUUCAAUUCGACGGAUUUUAA